AUGAAAGUCUCUGACAUUUUUCACCAUCCUUUCACCCUCAGCAGACAGAGGAAGACCAAGAGGAGGGACAACCAGAGUGGCAUGUCCGAGUUCCUCCUCCUGGGGCUCCCCGUCCCGCCAGGGCGGCAGGGCGCGUUCUCCACCCUGUUCCUGGGCAUGUACCUGACCACGGUGCUGGGCAACCCGCUCAUCCUCCUGCUCAUCAGGCUGGACUCCCGCCUGCACACGCCCAUGUACUUCUUCCUCAGCCACCUGGCCCUCACUGAUGUCUGUUUCUCAUCUGUCACUGUCCCCAAGAUGCUGAUGAACAUGAAUGCUUGGGGUCAAUCCAUCCCCUAUGUGAGGUGUGUAACACAGAUGUAUUUCUGCAUAUUUUUUGGUUGUAUUGAUAACCUUCUUCUUGGCAUGAUGGCAUAUGACUGGUACAGGGCAAUCUGUCACCCUCUACACUACACCACCAUCAUGCCAGAAAAAAUGUAUAUUUCACUAUUGGCUGUGUCCUGGUUUUUUUCAUGUAGCAGUGCAAUGUCCCACACUCUCAGCCUGGCCAGGCUGUCCUUCUGCGCUGAUAACACUAUCCCUCAUUUCUUUUGUGAUCUUGUGGCUCUGCUCAAAUUGUCCUGCUCUUACACUUCCCUCAAUAGGCUGGUCAUCCUCACUGUGGGAGCUCUGGGUAUCAUCAUACCACUGUCUGGCAUCCUGGUCUCUGAUGUCCACAUUGGGGUGUCCAUCCUGAGGGUCUCCUCUGCCAAAGGGAUGUUCAAAGCCUUGUCCACCAGCGGUUCCCACCUCUCUGUGGUAUGUUUAUUCUAUGGGACUAUUAUGGUUCUGUACCUUUUCCCAUCAUCAAACAACUCCAAUGACAAAGACACAAUUGCUUCAGUGAUGUGCAAGGUGGUCACCCCCAUGCUGAACCCUUUCAUCUGGGGAGUCUUUUCAGGAGGGAAAUCCUUUUCUCCAAGUGAAAAUCGCCUCACCUUCUCAGUUCUUAGUUCACCAAAUGGCAUGUCAGAGGUUCCUCCUUGGAAAACUACGCAGAGGACCGUCCUUGCUGUUGACACCCACCCAUCUCAGCUCCAGUUCCGACCACUUGCUUUGCGUGUUAUUCCUGUGUGCUCUCCAUGA